AUGACUUGUUUAAAAUCUUCUAUUAAAGAGAUCAUACAAAAUAUUUUAAUUAGUUCCGGUGAAUCAUUUCAUACAUCUGAUCUUGUAUUAGAAUUAAUUUAUGAUUAUAUACGUAUAAAUGCUAAUCAAAUGUUAUUCUAUUUAUCCACAACUAAAUUACCAGAAUUAUAUGAUUUAUUAAAUUUAUGCAAAAAUCAACCUAUUCGUUUAAUUAGAAUUGUAAAAUAUUUUCGUACAAUAUGUACUAGUUUAUUUAUUAAAACAAAUGGAUUAAGUAUAAUGAAUGAAAAACAAUUAUCAUCAUUUAUCAAUAAUCAUGAUGAUGAUGACCGUCGUGACGACGACGAUGAUGAUGAUGAUGAUGAUGACGGUCGUGACGAUGACGACGACGACGAUGAUGAUGAUGAUGAUGAUAAUAUAAGAAAACCAAAUCAUAUAUUACCUAAUUCUAAAUGUUUCAAUUCUUUUCUCCCUCAUAACAAUUCAAAUUGGAUACGUUUAAAUAAAUUAUUUCAUCAAUUAUCUAUCCCUUUACCAACUAUUCAUCAUCAUCAUCAUAAGGAUAAUUCAUUUUGGCAAUUGUAUCCAUUGAAAUUCAAACAAAUUUAUUAUCAAUUAUAUAAAGGUAAAUUAUUACGUUUAACAAGAAUUGAUUUAAUGACAUGUAAUGAAUCUAUUGAGAAAUUUUUAUCAUUUCAUCGUUUAAGACAAUCAGCUAGUUUAUUAAAUUUAACUAAAUCAUGUAAUUUAAAAAAAUUUCUUUAUUGGUUUUACUAUUGUACAUUGAAUAAUAAUCAUAAUCAUGAUGAAAAUAAAAUUACAUUGAAAACUAUCAAUGAACAAUAUUUGAAAAUGUUACAUAAUAGUAUGACAUGUUCUACUACUACUACUACUACGACGACGACGACCUCCUCCUUCUCCUCUUCGUUGUCAUCAUCUUCUUUGACCAUCGAUUCGUCAGUAUCAUCUGGGUCAUCAUCCUCAUCAUCAUCACCUCAUGAAGGUUUACAUAUACUUGCUUAUUUAUUAAAUGGUGAUAUCUUAGAUAUAAUUGAUAUGAUUUUAUUUAAUCGACAAAAAUUAAAUAUUAAUUUAACAUCACCUAUCACACCAAUUGAAAUUAAACAAGUUUUACAUCUAUUUACUAAUAUAUUGUAUCCAAGACAAUGA